AUUACAUAUGUGACAAUACUGUGUCUAUGGGUAACUAGUGUGGUGUGGGUAUAAUUAUAUAGAGGGCAAUGUGCAUGGGCAGGUGUCACAGGCUAGAGAUCUGGUGGGAAUAAUUGUGAGCAGAAGAGACGUCAGAAGUAGAGAUGAGAGUCUGCCAUGAGAACGUGCCACAUGUGGAGAUGAGACAGGAGCUGAGCGCAGAGGCUGUAGCUGCCAUCUGUCAGGCCGGCUGCAGAGGGAGUGUGGGAGCCAGAAGAGCCGCAUUCUCCACUGGGAGGGGGUUGCCAGCAGCUGCUCCACCCUCACUUUGUGUCAGCAGGUAGAGCACAGCAGCAGCAACAUUCCCCGGGGAAGGACGGCUCCGUGUCCUGGGAACAGUCGGAACGACAGGGUGGGAGGAAUCGCUUUCUGGAGGAUGUCGCUGGAUAUGUGCAAAGCUGCGAGCGAGCCGCCCUGGGGUUAGGACCGCGGAGCGAGCACAGAGGGAAACAAAUGAAUGGGCACGGGGAGAAGAAGCUAAACUGAAUCUGCAGGAGUAGCAACGGAAUAAACUAAAUAGUGUGUGUGUGAGGGGGAGCACUGUAUUCCCUGAGGCCGGAGAGGCCCUGCUGUCAUGGAAGGGGGUUCGUGUGCUCCCCUCCCCUGGGGGUGAGCCCGUCCCGCGGAGCACAGCAGCCCAUGGCUUUCCGGGACUAGCGAGCCGCACUAUGGGUGCCCGCUGCUGGCUGCAGUAUGAAUAGAGCCCGGCUGCAGCUGGCAUUCCUCUGGCUGCUGCUCACGGUGACUCUCCAGGCGGUGGCUUCUGCCAUGGGCACCACGGAACGAGAGAUGGAUGUGAAGGCGCUGAUUCGGGUGAUCCCGCUGCAGGCGGACGAGAGCGGGGCGGCACAAGAGAACCUGACCCUGGAAGGACUAUUUGCCCGGGUGGCAGAGAUUAGCCCGGCGGAAGGAAAACUUCUCCAGUUUCACCCCUUGUCUCUGUGCAACACCAGUGAAGAUGAUCAGACUAAGCCUGGCUUCAUUUCCAUUGUCAAACUGGAAACUCCUGAUCGUGAUACCCAGCCAUGCCUGUCCCUGGCCAACAAGGCCCGGCUGGCGGGGGAGAGAGGAGCCCAUGCUAUACUCUUUGAUAUUAGCAACGACCGAGGUGCCUUACAGCAGCUGCAGCAGCCAGCUGGCAUUAACCAGCCCGUGGUACUGAUCUGGGGCCCUGAUGCUGAGAAGCUGAUGGAGGUUGUGAACAAAAACAAAGAGGCUCUGGUGAAGAUCGAGGUGCAGGAGCAGCCCAAGUGGCUUCAUCAUGACAUCUGGAUCCUGCUCACUGUGGUUGGCACCACCUUGUGCAUUGUCUUGUGCGCAGUUGCCCGGAUUCGCUGCAGGCAGCCCCCUCCACAGGACUCUAUACAGCAGCAGACUCUUGCUGCCAUUAGCCGUCUGGGUACUAGAAGAUACCAGCAACGGAUGUUAAAAGACCAGUGUGUAAGCGGAGGUCGGGUAGAAACAGGCAGCACUAGCAGUUCUGUGCCAGUUUGUGCCAUCUGCCUGGAAGAGUUCACAGAUGGGCAGGAGUUGCGCAUUUUGCCCUGCUGCCAUGAGUACCAUUUGGCUUGUGUGGAUCCUUGGCUGAGACAGAAUCACACCUGCCCCCUCUGCAUGUAUGAUAUACUAGACAGUGGAACCCCACCCAGGUCUCUGGCUCACAGAGCAGCUUCACAGACUCAGCUGUGGGGACGGUACCCAGGCUCUGCUCGUCUCAUGUCUCAGCUGCCACCCCAUGGAACACCAUUGGUUUACCCUACCCCAAACAACAGUAUAUUCCUGUCAAGAGCUCCAUAUUAUCUAGACUAUACACAUCACUGGCAAAUGCCAGAGCAAUUGUCUAUGCAAAUCCGGACUCAUCGUCGAGGACCAGAAAGUCCAAGAGAGUCGGGCUAUUUGCCUGACGACCCUGGCAGUGAUAGUAGUUCUGGACCGUGCCAUGGCUCUUCCAGUGAGAACUGUACAGAUAUAAGCCUGCACUGUUUGCAUGGCACCUCUUCUUCCUCAGUUCACAGCUCUCAUAGUAACCAGGAGGAUUCUUCCCCACCAGCACUUGCCUCUUAUCUACUACCUCAGGGUGAACUCCCAGCACUGAACCCCCUUCUGUCUCAGCCGGCUUCCUACACCAGCCACGUACAUUUUCACCAGCACCGCCAUCACCACUAUCGGCGAAACCAGCCCAGUCUGUCUCACUCUCACCCCCACAGAUCCAAGAGGAGGACCAAGGUUUCUAGGGCAGAUCCUGGUUAUUACAGGGAGCACAGACAUAUAACUGGAACUAAUGGUGAGUCAAGAUCACAUAUGGUCCGCAGAGAACCCAAACCUUCAUGUUCAAAAAGUUGUUUUGACCCCCGGACUAAUAGGGAGCACAUACGGCAGCAUCAGUCCAUUCCACAGGCUGAUUCAGUAGCGCAGGGCUCAAGUGAACCUGAUGAAGCCACCUCCCUUAGGGGCUCAAGAACCGACCCGCCAAGUAGGACUUACAGAAAAAAAAAAUCCUCUGCCCCUUCUCACCUUCCACUGUUGUACAGCCCCCGAUACAGUGCUCAGAUGUGUGAAAGUACCCACCCAAGAUGGGCAGAAGAGGUUAGACUUCUACAUUCCAGGGUGAACUCACACCGAGAAAAUACAGCAAUGAUGCACCUAUACCAUCCACCCCAUCACAACCAAGGUGCUAUGGAGGAGAUGGAAGCAGUGUGUGAGCAUGCAGUGUAACUCCAGGGCAUAUGUUCAUGUGUGGCAUAACCCAACAGUACUGGAUGCAGUAGCAUGGGCCACAAAGCUCUCAACGUUUUGUCUCCUUCCCCAAAUUUCCAGGCCCCACCAUGACCUCCCAGAUUACAUCAGACUUGGUUCCUGUCCUGGCAUAAUCUAUGCACCUGCUACAAGGUCCCAAAACAUCUAAUCGGAGCUUUGGCAUGGAGCCUACCUGUAAUGGGACCUCAUCCUUCAGAGCACUUUUCCUGGCCCCAGAAGAGUGGCUGUAGAAUCUCUGUGGAGCAUCUCAAGAGCAUUGCUGUCCAUCACCUGUAUGACCUCUGCAAGCAGUUCUUUCUAAGCCGGCAGAACAUCAAGCUUUAAACUUUUGUCUGAGAAAUGUCAGCUUUUCUCUAAAUCCAUUCCUAAACCUUCCACGAACACCUUUGCUUGGAGAAUGAUUCCAGGGUAGACCCCAAACAUAGUCAUCACCAGCGAACAACAAGAUAAAACAAUGCCUUAUUCAAGGGAGUUGCCCAAUUGGAUUUCACUUUUUACAGUUUUAUAUGGAUUCAUUUGUUAAGCUAAAUAGCCAGCCUGAUGAUUCAUGUUCUUCACUAUUCCACACAACACUUGCUGUUUUUCUACCUGUAAUUUGCACUUCUUAAUAAUUCAGUUUUGUACACCGUCCUUGUAGGAAAGCCACAUUGAAAGCCACGGUGAUCUUAACCUAUAAUGCUGCCUCUGUCCAGAAAGGUCUGGUAUGUGUAGUAUAAGGAACAAAGCAUGGCUUCCCUAUGGAGCAAAGGAAGAUCCUAGUUAGAAGAUGCAUUCAAGGGCCAGUAACAUCACAAAUAAAACCCUUUGUAUACAUUUAAAUAGAUUUGUGGGUGUGGUUGAGAAGUCCUAUACACUACAUGGCCAAAAGUAUCCAGACAGUCUUAAAAUGACAUGUACUUAGUCGGACACUUACGGGCCUAUUUAUCACACUGUGUAAAAAGUGGAGUGAAGCAUUACCGGUGAUGCUGCCCAGAGCAACCAAUCAGCAAUUUGAUUUCAACAGUUAGAAAAUAAAAGAAGAUCUAAUUGGUUUCUAUGAACAACAUCAUUGGUAAUGCUUUACUCCACUUUUUACACAGCAUAAUAAAUAGACCCCUAACUGUUGAGCUCCAGGCUGUCUCUGGAAGCAAUAUCAGUGCAAGAACUUCAGUAGGAUACAUGGGGUUUUAUAGGUUAUUAGCAGCUAACAAACCCUAUGCAAUCCUAAAUAUCAGCUAUAUGCUAUGUUCUGCUAGUAGUUUGGGCUCUUUCUUGUUUUAGCACAAUUAUGCCCAAUGCACAAAGCAAGGUCCAUGCAAAAUGGAAGUGGAUGAAGAUGACUGGCUUGCAGAGAGCCCUAACUUCAACACUACUGAGAACCUGUUGGAUGAAUGAAAACACUGACUGUGAGCCAGGCCUGAUCCCCAACAUCAAUAAAAAGAAGAAAAUGCAAUUAUAUUUAUUUUUGGCAGUUGAGAGAGUGUUUAUACAUCUUUUGUACAUCAUCCCAACUUAAUGAGCUCAUAUCAAAAGGUAUAUUUUACCUUUACCUUUGGUUUGGGGGAUGUUGGAUAGGCUGGUGUCAGGAUAUUUACGGCCAUAUAGUAUAGGAUUUAUAAUAAGCGUAUCAGUUGCUGAAGUAUAGAGGAUUUUGUGGGAGACAAAUGUUUUUGUGCUUCUUAUUAUUAUGGUGUAUUUAUAUAGUGCUGAUGUAUAGACAAUAUACAUCGUCCCUGCUCCAUUCGAAGUUCCCUUUGUAACUACUGUGUGUAUACUGAGCACAGAAAUAUAUAUAACGAAGAAGCGAAAUUAAUAAAUGAGAGGAGCAGCAAGAGCAUAUGAUAUAAGGUCUAGAGAUAGUUGUAUUUCCACCAUAUAAAGGGAAAGAGUCCUUAUAAUAAUAAUAAUAUAUGCAUUUUUAAUAUUAACAAAAAUACAAUAUAAAAAUCAAACGCAAUAAAACCUCAGUUUGCACCAAUAGACCAAACCUGAUGCAGUGUCUAAGUAUACAAGAUGCAUACAUAUUAUGGACUUCACAAAGAGCCACAUGUGGAGUACUCUAAAUAUUAAUAAAGUUGUAUUAAUACAUGUAAACAGAUGCAAGUAAACAUCUGUUUAAAUAUUAA